AUGUAAAAUAAAUUUUUAAAUCACAUAACCCAAUUAGAGGCUGAAAAUUCUACAUCAUCUGAAUCUCAUUGGUUGUUGAUUACAGGAAUUAUAUUAGGCAGUUUGAUUGGGAUAGCUGGAUUAGUUUUUGGCUACUUUAAAUAUAGAUAAUAUAGGGUGUAUUAAGAAUAUUCAUAGAGACCUGAGAAUGGUAUUCCAAAAGAGAAAAUUGGAUUUGCUUAACGAAACAAAUUCAGAUUCUGGAAAUUUUAUGAGAAUAAAGAUGAGCCCAAUGAUGAUCUAGUGAAGUAACAGCAAAAAGAAAGUAUAUAAGAAGCAGCGAACUUCAGAUUAUUACGGGUAGUAUAUCGAGUUGACCUUCCUGUGUAAGCCUGGUGAUACAUUAACCAUCAGAGGAGACAAGCCAGUAGCAAGAGAUGCUAUAUCAUAUUUCGAGAUUGAAAUAGAAGAUAAUCCAAGAAAUUGUGACAUCAUAAUAGGAUUUUGUUCAUCUAAAGAAUUUCAGAAGUAAUUUUCUUUGGGUCGUUCAUAAAGCAGUGUAGGAUUCCAUUCAUAGACAGGUUAAGUAUAUUGGAGAAGCAAUUUACAUCAAGAUCAUAAAUUUUAAGCUGUCUAUGGAGAAACAAUUGGAAUUGGUAUUAGAUAGAAGGAUGGAAGAGUGUGGUUGAGUUAUAAUGGGAAAUUCUUGAAUCCUCCACCUGCAAGUGAAGGGAAAAGCAAGGAGGAUAUGGAGAAGGAGAAAAAAAAGGAGGAAGCAGAUAGUGAAAUUGAUAUUGGUGAAUACAUUUUAUUAAUAAUUUUAUAGACUUGAAUAAUAAGAAUAAGGAGAUUGAGGAAACUAGGAAAGCUUUGAUUUUGAGUAUGGGACAGAAUCUAGAAUUGUAUCCAGCCAUUAGUGUAAAUGGACGUUGCAAAAUCAAUUUGAAUGUAGGAGGAAUGCAGUUUAGAAUGAAUCAAAAGGAAUUGAAAUAAGGAUUAUUGCAUUGA